AUGUUUCUCGCAAAUCUUGCUAGAGAUAGCACAAACCCUUUUCCGGUUCAGUCUAAAUCAAGUGCUAUUUUAGCCGUUUUGAUGUUUCUUGGUGUUUUUGGUUUAACUCUUGUUCGUGUCAAAAUUACACAAGCUAAUUUUGCAACUAUUUUUGCUGGUAUCAUAAUCGCUUUUUCUUUAACGCAAGCUUCAAUUACUCCUGGAUUUCAGCCUAUAAUUGUCGUAAAGUAG